AUGGCGGAUUCAUCGGGCGCCGCCGCUGCAGCAGCGACCUUGCUCGAACGCUUUAGUUCGGGCUCUUCUGUCAAGUUGCUUGCGACCGCGCUGGCCGUCUUCGCCGCAAUCUUGCUCGCAAUCGACAAGCUCAUUGCCGCCCCCGUGGAUCCCCGCGAGCCUCCUGUCGUCAAGGGGAUUCUCCCCAUCAUCGGUCACUGGAUCUCGGUGAACACAUCGUACCCUGGCGUCUACGAGAAGCUUGCCAAGCAAAGCAAGCUGCCUGUCUGCACCAUCCCAGUCCUCAACAAGAAGAUGUACGUCAUCAACAACGCAAACCUGGUCCAGAGCGCGAUGCGCAACAAAACCCUCGAGUUUGGCGCUCGUAUCGAAGAGAUUGGCCGCAUCAUGGGCGUGGACCCCGUUAUCGUCAAGAGGCUCGUGAAGGAGAAUGCCGUCGAAGAGAUUUCUCGCGUCACCGUUUCGGCCCUGUCUGGAGAAAACCUGCUCAGCCUGAACUUGAAUGCGUUGAAAUACAUCGGCGGUCGCUUCAACGAGGUCAAGCCUGGCUCUGCCCUUCAGAUUGACGAUGUUCACCACUGGUCCCGUGAUCUCAUCGGUCAAGCCACCACCCGGGCUCUGUAUGGCGAGCACAGCCCCUUUAACAACCCGGAACUUGUCGACGCUAUUUGGACCUAUGAAUCUGGUCUUGGAAAACUCCAGUAUGGCUGGAUUUCCAAAUUCAUAGCUGGAAAGGCUCUUGAGGCCAGGAAGAAGAUCGUCACAGGCCUGGUCGGCUACUACAUGCGCAAGCUUGAUCAAGGCCCGACCGUUUCCGCCGUGAUCAAGGGCCGCGCCGAGUUUUGGCGCUCAUUCGGCCUCUCCGACAUCAUGCUCGGCGCCAUGGAUUCCCUCCCCGCCUCGUCGACGGUCAACACCGCGCCCUCAAUGUUCUGGCUCAUUGUUAACGUCUUCGCCGAGCCAAAGUACCUGUCCGCCGUCCGCAAGGAGGUCGAGGGCGCAAACGUCAUCACCAUCACCCAGGAGGGCGACAAGCGCAUCGCCACCGUCGACGUUCCCGAGCUUGGAAAGUCGUGCCACUACCUCGUGGCGUGCUACCGUGAGACUCUCCGCAUGGAGAACACCGUCACCGGAAGCCGGACCGUCACAAGCAAGGACACGACCAUCACCGACCACGAGACCGGACGUGAGUAUCUCCUGAAGGAAGGCGUGGAGGUCCAGUGGAGCGCGUCCGUGAUGCACAAGAAGUCGAUCUGGGGCGAGGACAGCGAGCAGUACAAUCCCGCGAGGUGGCUGAAGGGGACCCCUGAGAUCAACAAAGGCUCCAAGGAGUCGUUUGUGCCCUUUGGCGGCGGCAAGCAUCUCUGCCCUGGCCGAAACUUUGCAUUUGCCGAGCUCCUGGGUUGCCUGGCUGUUUUGGCAGUCGGUUUUGAGCUUGAGGGCGUUGAGGUCCCGGACCAUGCCAUGUUGUUUUCAACCUCUGGCCUGCGCUCUCCCAUCUACGGAAACAAGUCCAGCAAGGCAACCUUGAGGAGGAGAGCGGGAUGGGAGGAUGUUGAAUGGAGAUACAAAUGA